UCACUCUAUUCCCAUGUGAUCGCCCACAUUUGCUUACCACUUCACACUGAUCGCUCUUCACUGAAAAGUGCCUCAAUACACACACACUGCGAGAGAGAGAGAGGAGGAAAAUGGAAGGGAAGGGGUCGAUGCUGGUGCACGUACUGGUAGUGGCCCUCAGUCUCACCGCCUUUGGCUUCGCCAUCGCCGCCGAACGCCGCAGGAGCACCGGUACUAUUGUAACGGACACUUUCAAUGCUUCAUAUUGUGUUUAUGAUUCAGAUGAAGCUACUGGUUAUGGUGUUGGUUCUUUCUUGUUUCUUCUAUCAAGUCAAUCUUUGCUUAUGGGGGUUACAAAAUGCAUGUGCUUCGGCAAACCUUUAGCACCCGGUGGAAAUAGAGCUUGGUCAAUUAUAUAUUUCGCCUCAUCAUGGGUAACAUUCUUGAUCGCUGAGUCAUGUCUAAUUGCUGGUGCUACUAAGAAUGCAUACCAUACCAAGUAUCGACAUGUCAUCUAUGCACAAAACUGGACCUGUGAGUCUCUCAGGAAAGGAGUAUUCAUUGCAGGUGCGGUCUUUGUGGUCUUCACUAUGAUUCUAAACGUAUACUACUAUAUGUACUUUGCAAAAGCAACCAAUCAGGCAGCUCGAAAGACCAACAAGUCUAGCUCAACUGUUGGAAUGGCUAGUUAUGCUUGACUGAUGGCCCAAACUUACAUUUCUAAGCCAGAGUUAGUAAGAAGUCUACACAUUAUAUAUCUGCAUCUUGUAUUGACUAAUUAUAUGAACUUAGGUUUGAGAAGAAGGUUGAUACUAGUAUAUAUUGGGGACCCUUCUCUUAUCAACAAUCAGUCUGGUUUCAUCUUUUUGUUGAAGUAGCGAAGUUGUGAAUUUUAGUUACGGUGUAACUAAUGGAUUUUGUGCAACCAAUGAUGCAUGGUUACUCCAUUGCAAUCUUUUUAAGUGCACGGAUUUGCUAUGAA